ACCCAUUAUAUCGGCAAAAGGCCGAAUUCGUGGGUUUCGUUGGUGUUGGUGGUGGUGGGAAGGGUGCAAUAUCGUUAUCGGCGUGUGGCGGGGUCGCUCGAUGCGUCGAUGUGCAAGUGGUGGUCUAGUCUACGGAUGAAGUCUGGAGGGAGGAGUUAA